UGUCGACAUCGGAUGAGCGGCCCGGAUGGUCCCCACCAAUGCGCGGCAAGGAAUAUCCACACCAGCGCACCCAUACGCUUCUCUUCUUGGUCUGUAACUUCCGACGGUUUUGUGUUGAAACAUGGGUGCAACGGUCAAAGCACCUCUUUCCGGACAGGAAGUUGCGAAGCAUAACUCGAGGGAGAGCUGUUGGAUUAUCGUUCAUGGCAACGUUUAUGAUGUCACGGAGUUCUUAGAUGACCACCCAGGUGGAAGCAAGAUUAUCUUGAAAUAUGCUGGAAAGGACGCAACUGCGGAAUAUGACCCGAUCCACCCGCCGAACGCGAUCACUGACAACCUUCCUCCGGAGAAGCAUCUGGGACCUGUCGACCUUGGUACAGUUCAGAAAGUGGAAGUUAAGAUUACCGACGAGGAGAAAGCACGACUGGAACGAUUCAAAUCACGACCACCAUUAUCUGAGAUUCUCAACUUGCAUGAUUUCGAGGCUAUCGCCAGACGUGUAAUGCCAGAGAAGGCAUGGGCAUACUAUAGCUCAGCUGCAGAUGACGAAAUCACACUCCGUGAGAACCACGCUGCUUACCACCGGAUAUGGUUCAGACCGCGCAUUCUAAGAGAUGUUACCCACGUCGAUUUCUCUACUUCGAUACUUGGUCACCGUACCAGCAUGCCUAUAUAUAUCACUGCAACUGCUUUGGGUAAACUUGGACACCCGGAUGGUGAACUGAACCUUACUAGAGCUGCCGCGAAGCACAACAUUAUCCAGAUGAUACCCACAUUAGCAUCAUGUGCAUUCGACGAAAUCGUAGACAACGCGCAACCUGGUCAAGUGCAAUUCCUUCAGUUAUACGUCAACAAGGAUCGAGCAAUCACAAAACGCCUGGUUCAACAUGCUGAACUGCGUGGAAUCAAGGGAUUGUUCAUCACUGUUGAUGCACCGCAACUUGGCCGUCGAGAAAAGGACAUGCGCAUGAAAUUUGAAGCUGAGGACCCAGCAGAAGUGAGCAAGAAUGAUAAACAAGGCGAAGUAGACCGCUCGCAAGGCGCUGCUCGUGCUAUCAGCUCGUUCAUUGAUCCAGGUUUGCAAUGGAGCGACCUGAAAUGGUUCAAGAGCAUUACGAAGAUGCCCCUCAUUCUCAAGGGUGUCCAAUGUUGGGAAGAUGCGCUAGAGGCGUAUGACCAGGGCAUGGCCGGUGUCGUAUUGUCAAAUCACGGCGGUCGCCAACUGGACUUUGCAAAAUCUGGUGUGGAGAUCCUCAUCGAAGUGGUUGAGAAACUUGGCGAGAAACGGGGGUUGAGCUUCCCAAAUGAGAAAUUCCAGCUGUUCGUGGACGGUGGUGUUCGACGUGCCACCGAUGUUCUCAAGGCGGUUGCUCUUGGGGCUACUGCAGUUGGCAUCGGUCGACCCUUCCUUUACGCAUUCUCGUCCUAUGGCCAGGAGGGAGUGGAUGCGGCCCUGACCAUUCUUCACGAUGAGUUCGAGAUGAACAUGCGGCUCAUUGGAGCGAGAACAAUUAAGGAGGUAGUGCGGGGAAUGGUGGACGCAUCGAAUAUCCAUACGCACACGGUUGCGGUCCCCGAGGACAGCCUGUAUCGCCUUAACUAUGAGAUUAUGCAGAGUGCGCAGCUCAGAGAGAGCAAGUCGAAGCUAUAGUGAUAUUCAGUUUACCUGUACCUGAGCACAUUUACCUGGGUGUACUUGUAUCUAGAAUGAACAUUGUAAAUAUAUCCUCGCGUUCGCAGGCUGGUUAUUUCUGAAAUAGAGAGAUUUAAUCCGGU